AUGACCUCACAAGGUCAGGGAGAUGUAUAUAUAUAGUGCAGAGAGAGACGACUGAGAACCAUCUACUGAUCAACAGCUACAGCUUUGCAAGUAACAGACUAUACAACCAUCUCCGCUAUGAAGACAACAAGAAGCGUUGCCCUUCUUGGGCUUGUGGUUCUCAGCUGCCUUUCUGAAAUUGUUAUUGCUCAACGACGGGCCUUCUGCAGCACGUUCCAGUUUUCUGGAAAAACGCAGCUUGCCUGUCCCCGCAACUACGAACCCGUCUGCGGGACCGAUGGCGUGACCUACCCCAAUGAGUGCACCCUCUGCAGAGAAAUCUUCCGUAACAGAGCCAUCGACAAGAAGCACGAUGGAAGAUGUGUUAAGCUCGACUGUACUGGCUACCUGAGAUCAGGCAGUGGUAACGCUAUCCCCUGCACCCUGGAGUACUUGCCCAUCUGCGGCACCAACGGCAUUACCUACAGAAACAAGUGCAGCUUCUGCAAUGCUGUGGCGAAUGGACUGGAGGUAAACCUGCGCAAUGUUGGAGAAUGCUUCCAGGAGACAAUUGACUGCAACGGACAGAAGGGUAACAAUCUCAUCUGCACCGCCGACUAUAACCCCCUUUGCGGCUCCGAUGGUAGAACUUAUGGAAACAAAUGCCAGUUCUGCAACGCAGUUUCGCGGAGCCGCGGAACUCUGCUCCUCAGACACCGUGGUGAAUGCUGA